GGGAAAUCCGGCGCGGGCUAAAUAAAUCUCACCAUCGUGCACGUUUGCAGUAAAAAAAGCCCAUACCACUAAAAUGGCUAAAGGAAUUUAUUUAGAACAUUAUCUAGACAGUAUUGAGGGACUUCCCUUCGAGUUGCAGAGAAACUUUUCAUUGAUGGGCGAUUUGGAUAAUAGGACUGAAGAGAAAAAAGCAGAGAUCGGUGAACUAGCUUCUGAGUAUAUUGAAAAAGUAAAGAGUCUGGAAUCUGAAGAACGUGUCCAGCAUUUGAAGAAGAUUGAAAAUGCCUACAACAAAUGCAAAGAGUACAGCGAUGACAAAGUUCAGCUUGCAAUGCAGAUAUAUGAAAUGGUGGAUAAACAUAUUCGGCAGUUGGAUGCUGAUCUAGCGCGCUUUGAGAAUGACCUGAAAGAGAAACUGGAUCCAAUUAGCCUGGACAGCUCUGAUGAAAAGCUGUCUCAAAAGGAAAAGAAUACCAAAGACAAGAAGGGAUCCCAUGGGCGAGACAAGAAAGAAUCCGAUCAAGACUCACCCAAACACAAAAAACAGAAGCACAGUCCCAGCAUAAGUGAAGCUCUCCUUUCCAUGCACCCAUCAGAUGUCCUGGAUAUGCCUGUGGACCCUAACGAACCCACAUACUGCUUGUGUAGUCAAGUUUCUUAUGGAGAAAUGAUUGGAUGUGACAAUGCAGAUUGUCCAAUAGAAUGGUUUCACUUUGCUUGUGUCGGCCUAACAACUAAACCAAAGGGAAAGUGGUACUGCCCACGAUGCACCCAAGAUAUGAGAAAAAAAUAAAGUCUACUCCCACAGUGCAUCCUGAAUCAAAGAUACAGCUGCUUUCUGGAAUUUCAACCUGUUCUAUGUAUCUUGUGUUUGGUAAAAUCAAUAAUCUUUGUGUAUCAGUGGAAUUGCUAUGCAUAUAGUAGAUGACUGGGAAUGUCACGACAAGGAAGAAUGUUAAAUAUUUUUUAUUUUUUUGGUUCCUGCAGAGAGCUCAGAUCUCUUUACAUUUGAAUUCAAAAUAAAGUUUAUUUAUAAUGAUG